AAGGAAUACAAAACAACAGCUCAAAUCGAAAAAAAUUCUAGAAAAUCAUUGGAGUCAAUUGGUUUCUUAGAAGAGGAUGUAAAUAAGAGGAAGUAUCCUCCAGCAACGAAUGAUUUCAGUACAAAAGAAAAGAAGCCAAUCACAAGUGAUCCAUUGAGUGACCACUGUUCAGUAAGAAAGAACACCUUGCUCCCCUUGUGUUUUGAGGAUGAACUGAAAAAUCCAAAUGCCAAAAUAGUGGACAUUAGUCCAGCAAAGACAGAAACUUCUCAAGUGGAACAAAAGGACACAAAUCCCAUAAUUUUCCAUGAUAAAAAAUAUAUUCAAAUGUUACUUUUUACAAAAAAUGGACUUUCUGCCCAUCUUUGGCAAAAUGAAAAACUUUACCCUCAUAAAAGAACAAAUUUUGUUUUGGAAAGAAACUGUGCGAUGCUCAAAUCUUUUAUUGGCAAUGAAGUGAUUACCUUUUCUGAACCCCAAAGAACUACACAUAUAACAUUUGAAAAAGAUAAACAAGCCACACCUUUGAGAGUGGACCAAAAAACAGUGAAGAAUACUUGUGAUCAGCCAUCAAAAGACAGACUUUGGAGUAGAAGUUAUACUAUCUCACCGACUUUUUCCCAUUUCACAAAAAAAUGUGUGGGCUAUCUUGAUAAACCUGUUAUUCGAGAAAAGAGUGAUAAAACUCACAAAUUUGAAAGAAUUCUUUCUACAGUGAAGCCGAUGCACACACACAAAUUCACUGCCUCACCUAUUAAAGACUACUCAAAACCUUCGAAAAAAAUACUGGAAGUUCAUAAAAUAAGUGACGUAACACCGUUGGAUGAUUUGUUAAAGUUGUCAAAAGAUGAUUAA